CGCUUCGUUUCCUAUAUUUCUACUCUAUAAUCUUUGAUAGAGAAGUUUGUACGCAUUCGAUGAUGAAAUGAACACGAGAAUGUUUCUAUGCACUUUCACUUUGACAAUCAGCGUCAAAAAUCGAACAUGAAGUUCCUGCCGUUCCUCGGAAUGCUGAGUUCGACGAGGUUGAUCGUCGCCAACGAGUACUGUCACAUCUGCCAGUCGCACACCAUGUGCAGAUACAAGGAGAACGUCAUACCGGACGACUGCAUGGAAUACAGAAAAAUCGAACUGACCAUAGACAACAAGACGGACAUCGUCGACAUCCACAACAACCUGAGAAACUUCGUGGCGUCCGGAGGUUACAUCAACGAAUCGGACAUCCAUUUGCCCGAGGCCUCGGCCAUGAUGUACCUGAGGUGGAGCGAUGAACUGGCCGUGAUGGCCCAGCGAUGGGCCGACCAAUGCCUCGCCGACGAGAACCGCGACCAGUGCAGGGACACCGAGGAGUUCUCCGUGGGCCAAACAGUGAUAACCGAGCCUAUCGCCACCCCCGAGAAACCUCCCCCGUUCCCCGAGCUCUUCAUGGCCCGGUGGGGCGUCAAUUUCCAAUAUUUCAGCUCCAAGGACGUGCUGGAAUUCGACGCCUCCAAGUCGGAGGAUAUAGGCAAGUACUCGCAGCUCAUCUGGGACACCACCGAAUACGUGGGAUGCGGACUGAUGACCUUCAAGUACCCGUACGCCGAAGACCAGAGCCCCGAUCACAUGAUCAGGCUGGUGUGCAACUACGGGCCGGCCGGUAACAUCGAGAGCGCGCCCAUCUACAAGAUCGGCCAGCCGUGCUCGUUGUGCAUCUCGAAGAGGUGCCAUCCGAAGUACAGGGCCCUGUGCCUGUCCGACUGGAAGACCCAGAUGACCUACGAGAAGAACAAGCUGAAGGAGGACAUCAGGAAAAUAAUGAUGGAGAGGUACAACAUGUUCAGGAACGGCGAGGAGUGCUUCUGCGAGGAUAAAUACGAGGUCGACCACGCGGCCUCGCAUGGCCCGCCUUACCUUCGGAUUUUAGUACCGUUCGUUUUUAUAGUUCGAUGUUGCCUUGUUGAGAUUUCGUUGAGUUGAAGUUUUGUAGUGAUCUGCAGUAUAUGUGUUUUAAGACAAGCGUUUA